GGCCAUAUUGGAGGUUGAAGCCCUAACUGAUGUUUUUGCUUUGGAUCUUCCCUCGCGCGGUUGCUCCCGCUAGUUCUCGUCACAGCCAGCUCUACCGUCGAGCGUGAUCACUCUCAGUCAUGGUGGAACGCAAGGGAGAACGCGUCAGAUUAUACGUGCGUGGAACCGUUCUUGGAUACAAGAGGUCCAAGUGCAACCAGUACCCAAGCACCUCACUCCUCCAGAUUGAGGGUGUUAACACAUCUGAUGAGGUCAACUGGUACCUCGGAAAGAGGUUGGCUUAUGUGUACAAGGCCAAGACCAAGAAGAAUGGAUCCCAGUUUCGCUGCGUCUGGGGCAAGGUUGCCCGCCCCCACGGUAGCAGUGGAGUUGUUCGUGCCAGGUUCAGGAAUAACCUUCCCCCUUCAUCCCUCGGUGCCAGAGUUAGGGUGUUCAUGUACCCCAGUCGUAUUUGAAGAGAAUUUUUCGGUACUCCCUAGGUAUGAGGCGCAAAUAGUGGGCCACUCGGUGAGCGUAGGAAUCCUGGAGAGAAAUGCUCAGUUUUUAGAGCAAAGCAUCUAGGAACCUUGCCGAUGCUUGAGAGCGUGUGGGUAGCGGCACUUUUCUCUGUUUCGAAAAGCUCCGUAUGCAUAUUUGACAUCGAAAAUUUCUGUCCUAGUCUCUCAAGACUGCCCUAUCUCACGAACCCAUUAUUAAUCUUUAUCAUAUUCUUUUAGAAUGUGAAAUUAAAAAAAAAAAUCUUCCAAAAAAUUCUUGUA